GCGGCGGGGCACGGCGGGGCGCUCAGCCGGGGGGCCCAUUCUGCCGCGGCGGCGGCGCUGCCCGGCCCGGCCAGCGGUGCACGCCCGACCCGCCGACAAGGAUGUGGCAGGUCCGGCUUCCUGGAGGAGGGGCCACCGCCGCCAGGUGCCGAGGGCGUGGAGGGGCCGGGCCGGGCGGCACCCGGGGGCCGAUCUCCCUGUGGGUGCCGAGCGCGCCGGCCGCGCCCUGAGGCAGAGCAGAGGCCUGCGCACGCGGGUAGAGCGGAUCCUGUGCCGGCCGCCCGGCCUGUCGCGACACAACGAACCGCCGCGGGUGUGUCGCGACACCGUCCCCACCUCGCCGAGCUCCGCCGGCGCCGGGCUGUGCCCCGCCGGACCGCGCGGGGGCGCUGCCCGCCGCGGGUGCCGCGCCAGGCCGGAGCGGGCGGAGCUGUCGGCGCGUCCCGGAAGUGGAGGCAGACGGGUUUCGGGCUGCGGCCGCGGGCGGCGAUGGCGGGGCUGUACCGCACCGUCGGCGUCUUCGGCGGCUUCGUGGCCGUCGUGGCGGCGGCCUUUUACCCCAUCUACUUCCGGCCGCUGCUGAUGCCGGAGGAGUACAAGAAAGAACAGUCAGUAAACCGAGCUGGGAUUGUUCAAGAGGAUAUUCAGCCUGCAGGGUUAAAAGUGUGGUCUGAUCCAUUUGGAAGAAAGUAAUGUUGGCGGCUGGGUGUGUUGCAAGGCAAAACUGAAGAUGGACAUCUUCAGCUGUUUCUUCUUUCACUGAACUGUGUCUUUGGGUGUCGCUGGAGAAGAAUUCUGAAUAUGCUGUGUGGGCACCUGAGGAACAACAAAGGCUACUGCUUGAAGUCCCAAGAGAUAAACUCAUGCUAGUUUUGACAGAGGAUGCUGGGAUAUAGUGCACGGACUGUUUGAGAGCUGAAUGAUUCUUGAGUUUAGAAGUAAAAUAUUUGCUGCUUUGAGAAAAGGGAAGAGGAUUUUUUUGUUAAUAUGUAGACAUUUGUAGAAUAAAUUAUGAAUAGAAUAAAUGAUGCAGACACUGCAGUUUCCUCCCUAGUUUAAGAAUUACUUUUUGUGGCUUUAUUAUGAAAACAUGAUAGAAGUAUAUAUACUGAGAGAGAUCAGUGCAGAAAAUAUAACAAGGUGAGUGUAAAUUUGUACAUUAAAAUUUCUUCCUUUUAAAUUAGUGUGUACUUUUUUCAUUUGUUUUGCAAGUAGGUGUGUGGGUUAACCUUGGCCAGGUGCCCACCAGCCACUCUCCGGCUCCUCAACAGGACAGGGGGAGAAAAUAGGAUGAAAAAGCUUGUGGGUCCAGAUAAACACAUGGAGGUUGCUUACCAGUUACUGUUGCAGGCAAAACAGAUUCAACUUGGGGUAAAUUAAUGUAGUUUUUGUGGCAAUUAAAAUAGAUUUGGAUAGUGAGAAACAAAAUUUAAAAUAGCACCUUCCCACUGCCUCCAUUUUUCUAGGAUCAAUUUCAUUCCUGAUUUCUCCAUUUCUUCCCUUCCUGGUCCCCUGAGCAGUUGAUGGGGGGGUUACAGCCAGUUCACAAAGAGUUCUUCUGCUUCUUCUUCUUCACGUUUUUCCUCUGCUCCUGCAUGGGCUCUUCAUGAGCUGCAAUUCCUUCAGGAAAUAUCCAGCUGCUCCAGUGUGGGCUCCUCCCCAGGCCACAGUGUGGGUAUCUGCUCCAACAUGGUCUUCUCCACAGGCUGCAGGGGAAUACCUGCCCUGGUGCCUAGAGCACCUCCUUCCCCACCUUCUUUUCUGACUUUGGUGUUCAUGCUGCUGUUCCUCACUUUUUUCCAUUCAUUCCUCUGCUUGUCUGGUAUUUUCACAAAGGUGCCACCCGCCUGGCUGCUGGGUUGAGCGUCCUGCAGUGGGUCCUUUGUGGAGCCAGCUGGAACUGUCUGUGGCCAGCAUGGGCCAAGUCCUGCAGCCUGCCUUGCUUGCUGCCAAAACCCUGACUGGUACACCUAAUACAGGAGGUUAACACCAGAUGUUGGGGUAGAAAAGAAGAUACUUUAAGGAAUCUUUUUUUUAAAAGCACUUUUCCGUGGUCAGCAUAAUGAUUGUUAGAACAGGCAAGCUACUGAAAAUCCUUACCCAAAUUCCAUGUCUCUCUUAAUAAUUGAUUCUGAAUAAACUGUGUUUUCAGAUUUCAAAGGAAAUAAAGAGUCUAUAGUUACAGUCUAUAACCUAACCAGUAUUGUUCUUGAGUAGAGACGUAGCAUGUACAUUUAAUUUGAAUAUACUAUCUUUUGAUUUUUUUAUCACUUCAUUAUGGUACACAACAUUUUAAAGACCACUGCAGGAUCAUAUAUGUUAUGAAGAACGUAUGCCUUGUGAGCCUUACGAAGUAUGCCUUAUGAAGUCAGUAGUUUGUUAUUUUUCUGGACGUCACACAUUUAUUAAGAUGACAGAUGAAAGAGUGGAUGUUCACAGUGUUCUCUCCCAAACCGCUGUUCUGCUACAUGCUAUUCUUUUUCUACCUGUCGUUGCCAUUCCCCUGCCGCUCAGACACAUUUCCUCUUUGAGUUGAUUUGUUUUCCCCAGUCUCCUGUUAUCCCUGUAAGCAUUACAAUUUUUUUGUUUGCUUGCUGGGAAAAUGAGACCAUAUUUGAUUUCUUUGAGUUGUGAGGUGAUUUGACAUGAUGGCUGAAGCCAGAGUAAGUGUGUGCAUUCACUGUAGGGAUAGUGGCAGACAUUUCACUACAUAGCACAGAGCAACACUGUCACAAAGCUAAUUCAGUGUUUGCUAGGAAAAGAAGAAUCAAUUAAACUGAGGAACAAACUGUUUUUUUAAUCACUUAAAUCUUUCUUCAAUGAGACUGUGGAAAUGAGGGAGCCUUGGGUUCUGGUUUUUUGGACAAAACAUUAUACUGAUGCAUCAGAUGGUUGCAGCAAAGUUGUCUAAGGUACAUUUGCAGUGGAAAUACAGUAUUGCUUAAACACAGACACUCCAUCUGUAAUUGACUAGCUGCAAAACGAGUUUUAGGAGAAACUGGGAAUUGUUAAAUAUUGCUGCUUCUGUCACUUGGUGACGCAUGCUUAAAAAACAUACGUCAUGGUAGUGUGAAACCACUCUUCAGGAUAAAUGAUGUGACAGAGGAUAUUAAAUUACUGAGUUAGGAGAUAAGACAAUCUGCUUCUAGUUUACUUUGUGAAGUUGAGCAAUUUGCUGAGUCUGGAUCUUGCCUAGAAAAAUGUUGGAUGGUUUCAGAACAGUGGCUGUUGCUGACAGGUGCUGAGCCUUCUGCCUUCUUACUACUUAAACACUGCAAAACAUUUGAGUACAUGUACGCCGUAGUUUAGCAUUUAUAGAACUGUACAUGUUUGUUGGUCAUGAUCUGUAGUUUAUUCCAUGGCAAAAAAGCUUGGUAAGUUUUAUAACUGCCUGUACAGUAUUUGCAACAGCGCGUAUCACAUCCUGAAGUGAACUUGAACCCUGGAAAGCAUUGGUUUUAAUGAUAAUCACUUCUUACUUGCUGUAUUCCACCUAAUAAAGUGGGCUGAUUGCCCAUGUCUUUAAA